AUGGAUAACCCAAGGGUUUCUUUAGAACAAAAACGCGUAAUGAUAGCUUCGAAAAUUACUAAACUUCAGGAUGAACUAACAGCUGAAGGUGUUAAAACUAAGUCCAUUAACUAUCGCUUUACAAAAGUAAAGGAAUUAUUUGAACAAUAUGAAAAACUUAUUGAGAAACUCGAAUUAACUACACCAGAGGAUAAUGAAGUAAAUCUCGCGGAAGACGUUCGUACAUUAUUUUACGAUCUUAUGGAUCAAUUUGAAAAGUUAACUCAAUUGAAUAGAACUAACCAUAAUAAUUCACAUAAUGCAAACAUUAGUACGAAUAAUACUACAGCGGGAAAUACUACCUUUGUUGAGACUCAACGACUUGCUAAACUCCCUACUACUGAUUUACCUAAAUUCGAUGGUAAUUUUGAAAAUUGGCUAUCUUUCAAAAACACAUUUAAAACACUUAUUGAUACACGUAAUGAUCUUGAUGAUCUAAACAAAUUUUUAUACCUCCGCGGAUGUUUAAUUGGCUCAGCAACUAACAAGCUAGCGCUUUUUGAUGCGAGUGCAGAGAAUUAUAUUAAAGCUUGGGAUUUUUUAACUAAAACAUAUCAGAAGAAAAGAGCAUUAAUUUGUAAACAUUAUGACUCGAUACUUAAUCUUAAUACAAUUUCGAUCCCAACAACAGAUAAUUUAAACAAGUUGAUAGAUGAUGCUCGGCAACAUAUAAAUAAUCUACAGCUUGACUAG